GUUUCCCCGAUGGAUUAACGACAUUGAAUCAUCCGAUCUGGAGUUCGGAAUCGAGUCGUCGAAAUCGCCUCUCCGAAUCUACGUUGCCGCCUUCUACUUCUGCGCCUACACGAUGACCUCCGUGGGCUACGGGGACAUCGGCCCAAAAAACAUCCUGGAGCGCUUGGUCUGCUGCGGGAUCAUCCUGAGCGCUGGCCUCUGCUGGGCCUACAUCCUGGGUGAGGUCUGUGGCAUCGUGGCGGACAUGACCAGCGAGAGCCAAGAGUUCCGGAAGAGGAUGUAUCACCUGAACCGCAUGAUGAAGAUGCAGGAGCUACCACGCGAACUCAAAGCGCGAUUGAGAAGCUUCUUUCUACAAAACCGGCACCAAGUCCAGUUCCUGACGCAACAGACGCUUCUUCGGGACAUGAGCCCGCAGCUGCAAUCUGAGGUCUCGACAGUGCUGAACCUGACUUGGAUCCAGAAAGUGACCUUCUUCUCCCAGUUUCUGAACUUCCUGGAGCUGCAGGAGACGAGAGGUGUCCAUGUGGUUCCCUACAAGGCUUGCAUCGCCGACAUUGCUAAAGCAUUGAAGGCCUCGGCGUUUGCACAGCGAGAAUCUUUCGACAACGUCCAAGUCCUCUACAUCCUGUCCAAGGGCCUGGUGGCUCUCGAUAGCCGGGUUGGCUACAAUGGGGCAGUUUGGGGAGAAGAUUUCGUCCUCUCGGAUACCAGCCUUAUUCGCCCAGUCGCGGGCUAUGCCCUUACCUACAUCGAGGUGUUGUACCUGACCAGGGAUGCCCUCAUGGAGGUGAUCGAAAGGCGGAAGGCUAGCUGUCCCCAGCUCGGCCGCAUCGUUCGACAGUACUGUGUCAGGGUCGCUGUCUUCCGCGGAAUCCUUGCAGAGGCCAAGCGAAGAUCGAAGGGUUCAGCUGGCCAAUCAGUGACGCCUCAGAUGGGUCGCAGUGGCUCUCCCCAGAAGCAGUCACAAGCGUUGAAGGACCAGUCUCGACCAUGUACUGCCUGCACGCGAUGUCCCGAAACCCCUGGUUUCGGUUGUAGGCCCGUCCCUAUGCACCAACAGGAUGUAGUUAUGCCUGACCCACCUCCAGCCCCACGGCCGCCACAGCCGAAGUUUCCUAUGUGGGAGGAGGUUUGA